CAAUGGAUGAUCAGUUCCGCUGGCAAACACAAGAAGGACAGAAAGACAUAGAAGAUGAGCUGACCACCGGUUUAGAACUCGUCGAUUCAUGCAUUCGAUCCUUGCAAGAGUCUGGCAUACUUGAAUCACAAGAUUUUUCAUCAAGUGAAAGGCCCAGCCUGCUAUCCCAGAGUGCACUUCAGCUCAGUUCUAAACCUGAAGGGUCAUUCCAGUAUUCAUCAAGCUACCAUAGCAACCAGACCCUUGCUUUGGGGGAAACAUCAGCAUUACAGUUUCCGAGCCGCAGCAAUCAAGCCAGAUCAGCCAUUCAGAGCUAUAACCAAGGUACAAAUAGAGUAACUCAUUCAUCUGGAUCUGAAACUUCCCAAUCACAUUCUGCCUCUCAGUCAAGAGACUUUGUGCCAAGCCAUGGGAGUGCUUUUCAUUUGCCUGAUUCCCAGCAUUCUUCAGCAAUUUUUUAUUCAAGUUCAACUUUACCGGCACAGAGAGUAAGCUCUCCUUUGUCAAUGCAGCAAAUAGGUUCUCCAACAAAACUCCAAAGGGUGGGUUCUUCUUCCGAGAGUACCGGCUACAGCACCACACAAAGGGUUUCUUCUCCAAAACAGUCUCCUAGUCGUCUUGCCAAAUCCUACAGCACCAGUUCACCUAUCAACAUAGUAGUAUCAUCUGCUGGACUAUCUCCUUCAUCGGUGCGUGUAACCUCUCCUCCAACCAUUCAGUCUAAUAUAACCUCUUCACCUUUGCAUCAGUUGAGCUCAACCAUUGGUACAUAUGCUACACUAUCACCUACAAAACGUCUAGUUCUUUCUUCUGAUCAAUACAAUAAGCAUACACAAGAACUGUAUGCCACAGCUACAUUGCAAAGACCUGGCAGCUUAGCAGCAGGAUCUCGGGCAUCUUAUACUAGUCAGCACAGCCACCUGGGCCCAGAACUAAGGGCCUUACAAUCCCCUGAACAUCACAUAGAACCUAUUUAUGAAGACCGGGUUUACCAGAAGCCACCUAUAAGGAGCCUUAGCCAAAGCCAGGGAGACCCAUUACUACCAGCACACACUGGGUCAUAUUGCAACAAUACAGCCCCAUGUUCCCCUGGUGUCGACUCCGUACCUUUGCAGCGCACAGGCAGCCAACAUGCCUCUCAGAAUGCAACAGGAACCUUCCAGAGGGCCAGCUAUGCUGCAGGCCCAGGCUCCAAUUACGCAGAUCCAUACAGACAGCUGCAGUAUUGUCCAUCUGUUGACUCACCCUACAGCAAAUCAGGGCCAGCUGUACCACCAGAGGGAACAUUAGCCAGGUCACCGUCUAUUGAUAGCAUUCAAAAAGAUCCAAGGGAGUUUGGCUGGCGAGAUCCAGAACUUCCAGAGGUAAUACAGAUGUUGCAGCAUCAGUUCCCUUCUGUUCAAUCAAAUGCAGCUGCCUAUCUGCAGCACCUGUGUUUUGGAGAUAAUAAAAUUAAAGCAGAGAUAAGAAGACAAGGUGGGAUUCAAUUGUUAGUAGAUCUUUUAGAUCAUCGAAUGACAGAUGUUCAUCGAAGUGCCUGUGGGGCACUUAGGAACUUAGUAUAUGGUAAAGCAAAUGAUGACAACAAGAUUGCACUAAAAAACUGUGGUGGUAUUCCAGCAUUGGUACGGCUGCUCCGAAAAACCACAGAUUUGGAAAUUAGAGAACUUGUAACAGGAGUCUUAUGGAACCUGUCUUCGUGUGAUGCUCUUAAAAUGCCAAUUAUUCAAGAUGCCCUCACAGUGUUGACCAAUGCAGUGAUUAUCCCUCAUUCUGGGUGGGAAAACACUAUCUUACAGGAUGAUCGCAAAAUACAGUUACAUUCAUCACAGGUGCUGCGCAAUGCCACUGGGUGCCUAAGGAAUGUAAGUUCUGCUGGAGAAGAGGCACGCAGAAGAAUGAGAGAGUGUGAUGGACUGACUGAUGCCUUGCUGUAUGUCAUCCAGUCUGCACUAGGGAGCAGUGAAAUUGAUAGUAAGGCUGAUAUUGAAACACUGGUAGUUAAAAUCGUGGAGACCCAUAGCCAGGACAUUCAAGAACUGCGGCAAGAGGUACAUCAACUCGCCACAAGGGUCGAUGGCAGCAAGACGAGCACAGCGGUGAUGGAGGUUAGACUCGCGACCCUAGAGACCGCCCGUGAUCUGCAAACAGAACAGUUGUCAGAGAUGCAGCUACACAUGGAAGAUUUGGAGGAUAGGAACAGGCGCAAAAACUCGAGGGCUUUAGGCCUAGACAGGUCAAGCAGGAGCCCGGAGGAGGAAGAUAACCUCACAUGUCGGCUCCUAAUAUUUAUGUCCUCUUCCAGCAUGCAGGCCAUGAACCUCCUAGCAACAGACGAUCAAACUUGUCAUCUCGGAGAAGUUCUCGAAUCUGUGGACCGACAAAAACGCCUUAAUUGA